UUUUGGCGUAUCAGACGCCGCUGUUUGCGGCUCAACAGCUGCAGACUGGGCUCGAGUACCAGUUGCAGACUCUUGGAGUCCGUAAGCAGGAUGCCUUCUGACUGAGAAAUUUCCCCAGGCCUGAACCUAAAGUCUCAAGUCCCAGAAAUGACUAGGAUUCCCUUCUAAGGCAGGGAAAUCACUCUAAGGAAUAAAUGCCAGAUGUAAGUUCGCUCGAUCUCCUGUCUCAGACUGCUGUGCCCGCUAUCCAACAGUGACCCCUGCAGCACGGGCAGGACCUCCAGCAGCACAGACUGGAGGCUGGCUGCCCAGCAGAGCUGCAACGCCACCACCAAGGAAGAGGUGACUGUGGUUACCAGGCUCUUUCCCGGCUGCUGUUGGGCUUGGCUCAAUUUUGGAUCCCAAGGCCCUCCUCAUCCCAUAAGAAGCAAGUCUACAGCUUGGAGCAGGAAUCCAGGCCACCCAAAGUGCAGACCGGGGGAAUCCCGAGAAGGGUAGGAUACCUCUGUUGGCAAGCAUCCCUGCCAGGCAAGGAAGCAUCGGGGCAGGCUGACAAUCUUUGGUGCUACCUGAACCUCUGCUAGGGCCAAACUCUGAGGCCAAAGCUGUCCCCUCCAAAGGGGCAGGCGCAGGGCUUGGAGGAGGGUGGGAACCAAGCUGCCCAGACGUAUGCUUCUCCUGCCCACUCUGAGUACCCCGGGUGCACUCAGGCUGUGGGUGCCACAUGUGACUGUCCCACACCGAGAAGCCCAAAGACUGUCCGGCUCCAUCCUCAUCUUGUCAAAGGCACCUUCCAGCCACCCUGAUCUUGGUGGAGAAACUGACGCAAAGAGAAGUGAUGAAAGAUGUGGCCAUUUGGGCCCCAUUCUGGCUCCCUAGGAAGGUUACUACACCCUUCCUGCAGCCUUGGCGACCCCAGAUCAGGUGAGAGGAACUCUGGCCACCUCCUUCUUCAGUGGGGCCAAGCCUGAACCCAGGCGUCGGGGGAGAGGGUGUGUGAGAGUGUGUGUGUGUAUGCGCGCGCGCCCGGGCGCGCGCGCGCUGGGAGGAGGGGGAGGCUGCAUUCGCCUGGUCAAGGCUGGGAGUGGAGGGUAGGGUGGGGAAGCCCCAGGCUUGGGGAGGGGCUGCAGCUCCGUCAGCCCGGCAGAGCCACCCUGAGCUCGGUGAGAGCAAAGCCAGAGCCCCCAGUCCUUUGCUCGCCGGCUUGCUAGCUCUCUCGAUCACUCCCUCCCUUCCUCCCUCCCUUCCUCCCGGCGGCCGCGGCGGCGCUGGGGAAGCGGUGAAGAGGAGUGGCCCGGCCCUGGAAGAAUGCGGCUCUGACAAGGGGACAGAACCCAACGCAGUCUCCCCACGGUUUAAGCAGCUCUAGUGAAGCCCAGGCAACCCAACCGUGCCUGUCUCGGACCCCGCACCCAAACCACUGGAGGUCCUGAUCGAUCUGUCCACCGGAGCCUCCGGGCUUCGACAUGCUGGAGGAGCCCCGGCCGCGGCCUCCGCCCUCGGGCCUCGCGGGUCUCCUGUUCCUGGCGUUGUGCAGUCGGGCUCUAAGCAAUGAGAUUCUGGGCCUGAAGUUGCCUGGCGAGCCGCCGCUGACGGCCAACACCGUGUGCUUGACGCUGUCCGGCCUGAGCAAGCGGCAGCUAGGCCUGUGCCUGCGCAACCCCGACGUGACGGCGUCCGCGCUUCAGGGUCUGCACAUCGCGGUCCACGAGUGUCAGCACCAGCUGCGCGACCAGCGCUGGAACUGCUCCGCGCUUGAGGGCGGCGGCCGCCUGCCGCACCACAGCGCCAUCCUCAAGCGCGGUUUCCGAGAAAGUGCUUUUUCCUUCUCCAUGCUGGCUGCUGGGGUCAUGCACGCAGUAGCCACGGCCUGCAGCCUGGGCAAGCUGGUGAGCUGUGGCUGUGGCUGGAAGGGCAGUGGUGAGCAGGAUCGGCUGAGGGCCAAACUGCUGCAGCUGCAGGCACUGUCCCGAGGCAAGAGUUUCCCCCACUCUCUGCCCAGCCCUGGCCCUGGCUCAAGCCCCAGCCCUGGCCCCCAGGACACAUGGGAAUGGGGUGGCUGUAACCAUGACAUGGACUUUGGAGAGAAGUUCUCUCGGGAUUUCUUGGAUUCCAGGGAAGCUCCCCGGGACAUCCAGGCACGAAUGCGAAUCCACAACAACAGGGUGGGGCGCCAGGUGGUAACUGAAAACCUGAAGCGGAAAUGCAAGUGUCAUGGCACGUCAGGCAGCUGCCAGUUCAAGACAUGCUGGAGGGCGGCCCCAGAGUUCCGGGCAGUGGGGGCGGCGUUGAGGGAGCGGCUGGGCCGGGCCAUCUUCAUUGAUACCCACAACCGCAAUUCUGGAGCCUUCCAGCCCCGUCUGCGUCCCCGUCGCCUCUCAGGAGAGCUGGUCUACUUUGAGAAGUCUCCUGACUUCUGUGAGCGAGACCCCACUAUGGGCUCCCCAGGGACAAGGGGCCGGGCCUGCAACAAGACCAGCCGCCUCUUGGAUGGCUGUGGCAGCCUGUGCUGUGGCCGUGGGCACAACGUGCUCCGGCAGACACGAGUUGAGCGCUGCCAUUGCCGCUUCCACUGGUGCUGCUAUGUGCUGUGUGAUGAGUGCAAGGUAACAGAGUGGGUGAAUGUGUGUAAGUGAGGGUCAGCCUUACCUUGGGGCUGGGGAAGAGGACUGUGUGAGAGGGGCGCCUUUUCAGCCCUUUGCUCUGAUUUCCUUCCAAGGUCACUCUUGGUCCCUGGAAGCUUAAAGUAUCUACCUGGAAACAGCUUUAGGGGUGGUGGGGGUCAGGUGGACUGGGAUGUGUAGCCUUCUCCCCAACAAUUGGAGGGUCUUGAGGGGAAGCUGCCACCCCUCUUCUGCUCCAUAGACACCUGAAUGGACUAAGAUGAAAUGCACUGUAUUGCUCCUCCCACUUCUCAACUCCAGAGCCCCUUUAACCCUGAUUCAUACUCCUUUUGGCGGGGGAGUCCCUAUAGUUUCACCACUCCUCUCCCUUGAGGGAUAACCCCAGGCACUGUUUGGAGCCAUAAGAUCUGUAUCUAGAAAGAGAUCACCCACUCCUAUGUACUAUCCCCAAACUCCUUUACUGCAGCCUGGGCUCCCUCUUGUGGGAUAAUGGGAGACAGUGGUAGAGAGGUUUUUCUUGGGAAAGGGACAGAGUGCUGAGGGGCACUCUCCCCUGAAUCCUCAGAGAGUUGUCUGUCCAGGCCCUUAGGGAAGUUGUCUCCUUCCAUUCAGAUGUUAAUGGGGACCCUCCAAAGGAAGGGGUUUUCCCAUGACUCUUGGAGCCUCUUUUUCCUUCUUCAGCAGGAAGGGUGGGAAUGGAUAAUUUAUCAUACUGAGACUUGUUCUUGGUUCCUGUUUGAAACUAAAAUAAAUUAAGUUACUGGA